AUGUCUAUUCUUAUUGGCUUCUCGGUCGCUUUCUGUCGGUGUGAGAACGAAACCCCCUUUAAAGCGGCUUUUGAGCUCCAAGUUUACCAACAUCCCAAAUUCUCUGAGGCCAAUGUGUGCAAAGAUGAGACUAAACAAUGUCUCCAAGAAAAUGUUGGUGUAAAGUGCAACAUGUUUGAUUGA